AUGGACUUGCUGCCCACCAGAAGGCCUGCAGGAGGGAUAACUUACGGAUGCAGGAAGAUCGCGAGAGACAGAAUACUUGAGCAGGUCUAUCAUUCACAGCUGCUGCAAGAUGCACCGGAUGAUCAUGUCCUGCCACCUGCAUUCCAGCAGGAUGAUAUUAGGACAGAGUACCAUCCUCAUAGCGGCAUCCCUACGAAAACCGAUCACUUUGGUGAUUUUCAUUGCCAUACUAAUACUGCUCACUCACAAGUACCUCAAAAUACUACUCCCUGGAAACUGUUCGGCUCACACAUCAACUUUGACUUUGCUGAGUUAAUUCUCAAAGCUAACCUUACAAAACUGCAGACGAACGAGCCUAUCGCUCUCAUCCAUCACACUGCAUUUGAAAGACUCUCAGUCUGUGACCUGCUGAAAGACCCUCGCCUUGGUCCGCAUUUCAUAUUUGAUGCUCAGCGGUUGUACAAGUAUGAUGGACAAGACUUUGUGUGUUUUUUUGAUGAGCCAUGGACGGCCAAUGCUUUCUGGGAUAGUCAAUCAUCCUUACUGAAGGAUGAAGGAAAACUGUUCACUUUUAUCAUAUACACUGAUAAGGCAAAAUUCUCUUCGUUUGAUCGUCAAAAAGUGUAUCCCGUCAUUGCAAGAUGUGCAAAUUUACCUGUCGGAAUAUGCAACAGUGAAGGUUUUGGCAGUGGUUGCCUUGUAGGCUGGCUUCUGAUUUGUUGGGAUGGUAUUGAGCGUCUUUUUUAUCCACUUAUUCUUAUUUUAUCAGCUGACUACGAGGAGCAAUGUGUUAUGACCUUCAUACGUGGAACGAAGUGCAAAUUCCCUUGUCCCGUCUGUCUCGUUCCUAGAGAGGAACUCGAAGACAAAGAGAAGUUAUUAAUGUCUCGAGGCCUCCGGGAUGUAGAUAAUGCAUUUUUGGAUGUCGCUCACACGAAUGUCCAUUCUGCAGUCUCAUUUGACCGCUUACAUGUAAAUAAUGAAGGUAAUUUUUCUGACCAUCUUUGGACCCAGUUUCAGGAACAGGUCAAAUCAAUUGGUUGGCGGACACAGUCUAAAAUUGACAAAUACUUCAGCUCGAUGCCAUGUUGGCACAACAUCAAUCACUUUAAUUAUGUCAUGGACAUAUCAUUUUCUGAUGGCUCGAAGUACAAAGAUAUCUCUAAGCUUAUUGUAUUCGCUGUGCAUGAUGUCAUCGACCAAACCUCCCACGCACUCCCUUAUCUGCUCCUUCGAUGCAUCCAUCAAUAUGUCAAUGUCGACAUGUAUGCAGCUCUCGAAGUCCAUAUGUCCGAAACCAUCACCGAAGGCUGUCAGGCCAUACAGGAGUUCACACGACUAUUGGAUAACAUUGCUGAACAGGUACUUUGCCUCGACCAUUGCUUCCUCAUUGCACAUUCAAUUCAUUUGGAUAUCAAAGACUAUGAUGACCUCAUUAUAUCUGAGAGUGACCAUUUGCGCUCGGAUGGCGAGGAUGAUAAUGAGCACCCCAACAAUGAUUCUGACAACACAUUCCAUGUUAAGUUGGGUGCUGUGCAAAAAGAGCAGACAUUUGCAGCCGUGGAGCAACUACAUGCAAAUGACAGUGCAUUCAAUCGAUUUCGCAUCAAGCUUGCAAACUUUUUGAGUGAUUCCCUCCCUGUUCACUUCAUGCCCGAUGAAACUGUGACUGAGCAUCAAUUCAUAAAAGUCAACUAUGAGUCCAUUGUAGACUGGCAAACCACCACAGAUUACCUUCGAUGUAGUCCUCCAUUUCAUAACUUCCCUCGAUAUGACUGCGUUAUCAUUCAGGCUCAAGCCGGAGUGAUAUUUGAGGGUUUACUGAUGCUUUUCACCUGUGUUGUGGAUGGUCAAACUCAUCCAGUCGCUCUCAUUCACCCAUACGAUGCUCCAGUUGGACAAUGUUCCCUCACAGAUAAUCACUUUCAGUUCUGGUGUAUUCGUGAAAGACCGAGGAUCUCAUCCGAAUUUUUUUCAGUUCAUUCUAUUAUCCAUGGUGCAGCACUAGCAGAAGAUCACAGUGUCUGGGGUGAUUACCUCGUUAUUGACACAAUUGACACUGACAUGUUCUUGCACAUGAAGUCAAUGCACAAGUCCACUGGUCAUCCAGCAUGA